CGUAAAGUGUAGCGUAGUUGUUUAGAAUGAGGAGGUGUAUGUCUGACUUAGAGCAGUUACCUGUCAAUUUUAAUAUUUUGUACUGCUGUUGUUGACGAAGAGAGCAGCGUCAUAAUGUCAAAGCCCACUCUUCUCAUCCUGUAUGGGAGCCAGACUGGGACUGCCCAGGACACGGCCCAGAGGAUUGCACGACAGGCGAAAAGAAAGUGGCUGCACGUUCAAGUGUUGCCUCUGGAUAGCUACAACGUGGCCAACUUGAUCUCAGAGUCCCUGGUAGUUUUUGUGUGUUCCACCACUGGCCAAGGAGACCCUCCAGACAAUAUGAAGAACUUCUGGAGGUUUCUCUUCAAGAAAUCUUUACCUGUUGGAUCUCUGAGUCGACUGGACUGUGCUGUACUGGGCCUAGGUGACUCCUCCUAUCCAAAGUUCAAUUUUGUGGCCAAGAAGCUUCAUAAGCGCCUUCUGCAGCUGGGUGCUAGCACACUGCUGCCUGUUGGGCUGGCAGAUGACCAACAUGACCUGGGGGCAGAUGCUGUGAUUGACCCAUGGCUCACAUCGUUUUGGGAGAACGUGUUUGCCCUCUACCCAUCUUUGGCUGAUGUGAAACCACUUAGGGAAGAUGAACCGCUCCCUCCAACGUACACUUUCCACUUCCUGGAUGAUGCAAAAGAGGAGACAGACGACAGGCUGAGGAUUUCCACUGAGCAAACUGUCCACUCCCAGUCUCAUCCCUUUCUUGCCAGACUGGUGUCCAAUAGGAGAGUAACAGACCUGUCACACUUCCAGGAUGUGAGGCACAUAGAGUUUGACAUCACUGGAUCCAGUAUGGAAUUUGAUGCGGGUGACGUGGUGAUGAUGCGUCCUUGUAACGCACCAGAAGACGUACAACACUUCUGUCAACUGAUGAAAUUAGAUCCAGAGGCCAGGUUCACUCUGAGGGCCACAGACAACACUGCAGUUCCAGCCAGGCUUCCUCAGCCCUGCACUGUGCGCCACCUGAUGGAGAGCUUCUUGGACAUCGCCGCCGUACCUCGCCGUUCCUUCUUUGAGCUGCUGUCUACCUUCGCCACCAAUGAGCUGGAGCGGGAUAAGCUGCUUGAGUUCAGCUCCGCGGCGGGUCAGACCGAGCUGCACAGCUACUGCAACCUGCCCCGACGCACCGCGCUGGAGGUCUUGGCAGAUUUCCCCCACACUACAGCACAAGUCAAAGCAGACUAUCUCCUGGAUCUGUUCCCCGAGAUCCAGCCUCGCUCGUUCUCCAUCGCCUCCUCUCUCCAGGCUCAUCCACAGAGACUUCAAAUCCUGGUAGCUGUCGUCCGAUACAAAACCAAGUUGUAUAAACCACGAAGAGGCCUGUGCUCCACCUGGUUAGCCUCCUUGGACCCUGCACAAGGAGAGGUGUAUGUGCCUCUGUGGGUGAAGAAGGGAAGUCUGAAGUUCCCUAAAGAGGUGGACACCCCUGUGAUAAUGGUUGGACCUGGAACAGGAGUGGCACCGUUCAGGUCAGCGUUGCAAGAGAGGACUGCUGAGGGAAAAACUGCCAACGUCCUGUUCUUCGGCUGUCGCUCAGAGUCCAAAGACUUCUACUUCAGGUCAGAGUGGGAGGAGAUGAUGAAGGCGGGACAUCUGAUCCUCGUCACUGCCUUCUCACGAGACCAGGAGGAGAAGGUGUACGUGCAGCACCGUGUGAAGGAGAACGCCGGGCUCCUGUGGGAUCUGAUUGCCAAUAAAAGUGCCUGCUUUUACAUCGCCGGCAAUGCCAAACAGAUGCCAGCCAGUGUGAGCGAUGCUUUGAAAGAGGUGUUCCAGCAGGAGGGGGGCAUGUCCCCCGAGGAAGCUGAGCAAAUGUUUGCAGCCAUGGAGAGGACGGGCCGGCUUCAGAGCGAGACCUGGUCCUGAUCAUGUUAUCUCAACCCCGUUUUCCUCAGAGUUCACGGCUGCAGCCGCUGCAGCGAACAUCACAGCCUCCAGCAGCUAAACGCACCCUCGGGUGUUUUGUAUUGCUCAUAAAAUCAAUUUUACAUAUGUUAAAGAUUGUUAUUUCUUCUUCCCGAAAACUUUUAAAGUCUACAGUAAAAUUAAAAAUCAUCUCUCGCCACAGAGGGUCCAGUUCCGGUGCGAUUUACGAAGUCGAUUUGUAUUAACGAUGCCAUUCGAGAAACAAUUUAAAAACUCCACUCUGUUGUUAGUGUUCUGUUUGGACCUGUACUCCAUUAGUCUCAGCUAGGAUCCAUUAAUGUGUCCAAAGUGGCGUCUCUAAAAGCCGGCGGAGGAGGAAUUUUCCAUUUCAUGUGUGCAUUAUGAAUGAAGAGGCUGAGCAGCACAAUAACAUGCAAAAGAGAGAGUGGUGUGAAAACUUGUGAAGCAGCAGUUGCGGUCGUACUAUAUGUGAAACAUUGACCUUGCAAAGAUUUGUUUUUCUUAAUUUGAAUUACAUUUAUUUAUAAUUAAUUGUAAUUAUAUUUUAUUUGCAUUUGUUGAAGCAGCAUGAGUACUGGGGAAAUUGAUUUUGACUUUAAAAAACCCAUAUAAAUAACCUAUUGCAAUGAACUGUAUGGUAUGCAAUAACAGAUACUCCCAUUUUCACAUAACAUUAAAGGUUAACCUGACCUUCAUACACAGGCCAAAUGAUUCCAGGUGCUUUUAAAGGGCAUUUCGAGUUUUAUGGAGCAACACUUACAAUAUUUGUAAGUAAGACAGUCUGUUUGCAUGCCAUUGGUUUACAAAUGCCAGACUGCUGAGGGGAAAAAAAAAAAGAAAUUGUAAAGUAUAAAAGGGAAAUGCGUCAUGUAAAAAUACUGGCGU